AUCCCAGAGAACGAGCUAAGUGUAAGUUUCCGGAAGCGAUAAUAUAUUUGCCGUUGACGUCGUUUCAGGUUGCCGCGCUUCAAGGUUACUUGUUAAAGAAUAAGGUUCGCCCGCGCGAAUGUGUUGAUGAAGUUGCACAGUGGAUCAUUGAAGAACGCGAGACUCGGGAGAAGCUCAAGAAGGAGAAGGCAGAAGUACGUGUGGUACAAUAUCUGUGUGACUUAUGCUGAAUUUAUUUCAAGCGCGAGGCGAAGGAGAAGAAAGA